AUGGAAAAACACCUGCUGCUGAUUUUAAUUAUUAUUUCAGGUGUGAUAACUGCAGACCAGAUUAGACCAAAUCAAGAAACUAGUGUCAUAAAAAAGGAAGAUGAGACUGUAACCCUGAGCUGCUCAUAUGAUACAAGCAGCAGUAAUGUUAGACUUUAUUGGUACAGACAGUAUCCUAAUGGAGAGCUUCACUAUUUAAUAUAUAAGUAUUCAGGAGGUGGAGAGUGUCAUGGAGAAGAGCGUGUUGAUCAGCCAGAUAAAAACAUCGCUGAACUUGAAGGGAGAUCAAGCUCUCUGGAAGAGGUGGGGUUUAAAGCACUGGUACCUGAUGUGAUCUUCUUAAACUUCAGUUAUUCAUCUGCAUUAAUUCUCCACUGGUACCGUCAGUAUCCCGGAUCAGCUCCUGAGUUCAUUGUGUUCAUCUCAGAUGGAUCAAAACAAGCUCAGGAGUCUAAUGUAGAUUCCAGAUUCAUUGCCAAAGUCACCAAAGACAAAGAAAGCCAUGUGUACCUGGAGAUCUCCUCUGCAUCUAUAUCAGACUCUGCUUCAGUCAUUGGACAAAACGGCAUCACGCUUCAGACUGAAAAGCUUCAGGUCUCAGGAAAAACGACGUCAGGUGUCAGGUCUCAUACAAUUAGGCAUCAGACGAAACGGACUCAGACCAAAAGGCAUCAGACGAAAAGGACUCAGACCAAAAGGCAUCAGACGAAACGGACUCAGACCAAAAGGCAUCAGACGAAACGGACUCAGACCAAAAGGCAUCAGACGAAAAGGCAUCAGACGAAACGGACUCAGACCAAAAGGCAUCAGACCAAAAGGAAUCAGACCAAAAGGCAUCAGACCAAAAGGACUCAGACCAAAAGGCAUCAGACCAAAAGGCAUCAGAUGAAACGUCACACGCACGCGGUUCAGAGGAAGUGUAUGAAACGGUUGAUGGAUGGCAAAAGGAGUCAAUCAAGAAUGGAUACAGAGAUAAAUGAAACGAUAAAGUUGCUAUUUGACAAUGGCUUCAAACAAAGAGAAAUGUGCUCUUUUCUUGCUGCUUCUGGAUACAAAAUCAGUGAAAGGCAUCUAAGAAGAUUAUUAAAAUCCCUUGGUUUAAAACGGAGGAGUUUUGACAGGCCCCAUAAUGAAAUUCGCCAAGCUGUUAUGGUACAGUAUGGUACAAUGCAGUGUUCUGCAUUCCUACUCCUGGAAAGCUACUAACUUCCUGAUUUCAGUUACAGUCAUUUUCUAAAACACCUGCAGUCAACUGCAAAUAACUGCCUUAAGUAAAUCUCCAAGUGGCUAAGUGUGGUGUCCCAUACUCUGAAUUGGUGCUCUGCAUUUAACCCAUCCAAGUGCACACACACAGCAGUGAACACAAACACACCGUGAACAAACACCCUGAGCAGUGGGCAGCCACUUUUUGCUGCGGCACCCAGGAAGCAGUUGUGGGUUCAGUGUCUUGCUCAGGGGGACCUCUGUUGUGGGUAAUGCGGGUGGAAGAAAGUGCUGGUCAUUCACUCCCCCAACCUACAUUUCCUGCCGGUGCUGAGACUCAAACAUGUGACCUUCAGGCUACGAGUCUGACUCUCUAACCAUUAGGCCCCGACUACCCAUAAACCUAAUUGUGUUUCUACUGAACACUGGCAGUAAUUUCCAUGUAAACUCAAAUACUUUGAUAUGUUGAUUCUGAUGCAUCUAAUUAAGCCAGGGUGUCCAACCCUGCUCCUGGAGGGUGUGUGGGUGUUAAAUAUUUAUUGUGGUAAUAAUCCAAAAUAAUAUUUA